CGAGCAGAAGCACACACACAAAAAGCAGGACGCAUCCCUUCACCCACCUCCUUCUGACUCUCACUGUCUUCCUCUCUAAUUUUCUCUAAUUGUCUUUUUUCAUUAUGACUUUUUUAGCAGUUUUUCAUCCAUCCUCAAAGCCGCCUUUUUUUAUUCAGCUCUUUCACAGAAGAUGGCUGCUUUCUGCCUCUUCCUGUUAAAGUUUGUCAAGACAUUUUGUUGAGUUGGUGACACCAACGAGACUCUCAAACUUUUCAUCUGUUUUUUCUAUCCAGCUUGUUUUUCUAAUCACAAACUUUUAUGUAUAUUUUUUCAGUUUAUCGUUCUACCUCUGUAUCGCUCUUCUUCUCCUCUCUCACCGUUGGAUAAACAUUCGUUUGAUAAUUAAUUUAAUAACUUGUGAAGUCAUUUCCUGGUUUUCUUUAUGGGAACUGAUUGAGAAACACUGAAGUUUUCCCCUCACCAAGAUCCCAUCCACAACUCGACGGCCGACCUGAAAGUCCGCUCAGCUGUUUCUAGUUGUUUUUCAACAUUGUCACAAAAUGUGGUCGACCUUUCUGGUGACCGAUGAGGAAGGCCGCACGGUGAGUCCUGCAGCAGCAGGAACGGUGGGGGGCGCCGCACUAGGAGGACCAUCCCAGGGUCCGGUGGGUCUGACAAACCUGAUGAGUGGACGGAGUACCUUUGGAGGGAACAAGCGUCGCAGGACAACAUCGACAGGGCACGCCAUGAGUGAGGCGCAGGAAGGGAAGAUCAAGUUGGCGUUCUUCGUGGCCAUCGUUGGCGUCGUCCUGACCGUCCUCGGGGUCGGGACAGAGUUCUGGGUGGAGCUUUCGCCCUCCAAGAGUUUCUAUAACAACCAGACAUGUCUUACUGCUCACUACGGCCUGUGGAAAGGCUGCUCCAAGACCCUGUGGGUGGCUGAUAUCGACCCAGAGAGAGAGAGCUGUGGACCUGCUGAACUACCCGGAGAAACAAACUGCACCUACUUCAAGUUUUUCACCACGGGGGAAAACGCUGUGUUGUUUCAGAAGACGACCAAAAAGAGUCUGAACGUAGCGGCGGCCAUGUUGGCUCUGUUCAGCCUCUUCCUGAUGGUGAUGGGGUCCAUAUGCAUCACCAUGGCCCUCAGCAAAGAGAUUCUGUUCUUCCUGAAGCCGGGCUCCGUCUGCUUCAUUCUGUCAGGUGUCAUGGUGCUCCUCUCUCUCUUGGUGUUCCAUCAGUCCGUCCUGGCCUUCCUGGCCAGCGACCACACGGUUACCCUCCACCACGAGCUCUCCUGGUCGGUGUCGUGUAUCGGCUGUGCGGGGGCGGUCCUCAUCGUGGGCGGGAUCCUCUUCCUGCUGCUGGCUCUGCCGUACAGCCCCUGGCGGCGGUGUCUCCCUCAGAAGGACAGCAGCAGCAGCUAGUGGCCUGGAGGUGGAGUUGCACUUUCAUCAGCCCUUUUCUGUUUGGGAGGCGGGACGGUGCAGAGAGGGGCGAGGAGGUUUCCUAAAGAUGUUUGAGCAUUGAGAUCGCUUUAUCUGUGAUUUUAAAGGAACAACGAGAACUUUUACAGAGAUUCACCGACAUGUCCCAUGCACAGAAAAAACUUCUCUUUGUGCAUCAUUAUUUCCCGCUGUGUGACUCAGGAUCUCAGACUGCUAAUGCGUACACGAUUUUUCACAUUUAAAUAUAAUAUAAAUCAAGUAUAUCCUCUGAAAAUAACUC